GUAGGGCCCAGCAAGACUUUUAAGUCUCCUCCUGAGAGUUAAAGAAGGUCCUCUCCUCUGCCUGUCUCUGCGUGCUAUUGCUCUCUUGUUUAUGCAAAUCUGCAUUCAUCAUCUCCUUCUCCUUCUACCUACGAGAGAAGCUCUGUGCCUGUGGUUACACAAGGAAACUAAGAUAUGGCUGUAGAAUCUGUGCUUACUUUUGCGACCGAGGGAAUACUGACGAAGCUGAUUUCCCUUGCUGCUCAAGAAAUCAGUCUUGCCUGGGGAUUCAAAGCUGAACUAAACAGGCUUCGCAAAACACUGUCCACCAUUGAAGGUUACUUAGCCGACGUUGCCCAGGGACCACAAGGUCGGAGCAAGUCCGUAGAAGAUUGGGUGACGAAUCUUAAACGCCUAGCUCAAGAUGCAGAUGAUGUCUUGGAUGAAUUCAACUAUGAACUUCUCCGGCGCAAAGUAGAAAUCCGAAAUCAUAUGAAGAAAAAGGUACUCAACUUCUUUUCACUUUCCAAUCCGGUUGCAUUCCGCCUUAAAAUUGCACAUAAAAUUCAGAAGAUCAAUGCAUCCUUGGCGGAUCUCAAGAGUGAAGCAUCUGUCAUUGGACUUGUUUCCAAAGAAAAAGAUGCAACCCCUGAAAGAAUUAGAGGACGCAUACAAACCGACUCAUUUCCUGAAAAAGAUGGAAUCAUCGUUGGCAGGGAGGAUGUUCUGUCAAACAUAGUUACAACCUUGACCAACUCCAACAUCAAUCAAGAAAAUAUUGCUGUUAUGGCCAUUGUGGGAAUGGCAGGCCUAGGAAAGACAACUUUGGCCAAGUCUGUAUACAAUGAUAAUUCUAUAAAAGGGUAUUUUGAUCCAAAAGUAUGGGUGUGCGUAUCUGAUCCUUUUGACGUCAAAUUGAUUUUAAUUUCCAUGUUAGAAUCUCUUAGCCCAUUAAAAGCCGCUGUAAAACAAAGUUUGGAUGCACUUCUUAAACACCUUCAAGAAGAGCUGAAAGGAAAAAAAUACUUGCUGGUACUUGAUGAUGUCUGGAAUGACGAUUCAAGACAAUGGAAUGACUUGAUGGAUCGCUUGUUAAAGCUUGAUUCUGCUCGGGGAAGCACAAUUAUUGUCACUACCCGCAGUGCCAAAGUUGCAUCAAUCUCAGAGAAAAAACUUCCACGACAGGAUUUGGAACUUCUAUCAACAGAUGAAUGCUGGUCCAUAUUGAAACAUGCAGCUUGCUCAAAUGGUAGUUCUGAUAUACCUCUUCAUUUAGAGAGAAUUGGACGGGAGAUCGCUAAAAAUUGUGAAGGUCUACCAUUGAUGGCAAAGGUUUUGGGAGGCAUUUUGCAUUCUAAAAAGAGUACUUCUGAAUGGUCUAGAAUUAAAGACAGUAGAAUAUGGGACUUACCAAAGGCAGAAGAUAGAAUCAUGUCAGUCUUGAAGUUGAGUUUCGAUAAUUUAGAAUCACCAGCACUAAAGCAAUGUUUUUCAUAUUGCUCAGCAUUCAUGAAAGAUGCUGAGAUGCAAAGAGAUGACUUGAUUCAACUUUGGAUGGCUCAAGGAUUCCUCCAUCCUUCUCCUGAAAAAAGUAAUUUAGAGAUGGAGGAUAUAGGUAAUGAAUAUUUUGAUAUUCUAUUCCAAAGCUCCUUAUUUCAAAAUGCUACAGUGGAUGAUGAUGGCAUUGUUACUGAAUGCAAGAUGCACGAUCUAGUGCACGAUCUUGCAGAACGUGCAUCCGAAUCUAGAAGCAUGAUGCGAGACUUCCACAAGAAUCAAGAUGUUGCAACUCCCAAUAUAGAAAGAAUUCCAAAAGGAAGUAGUGGGAAAUUGAGAUCUCUGUUUUUGAAUGCUGAAGCACUACCUCGAAACAUGUUGCCAGGGUUUAAAGCUUUACGUGUCUUAAAAUUAUAUGACGAAAAUAUUGAGGAGCUUCCAAGUUCAAUCGGAAAGCUAAAACACUUGAGAUAUCUUGACAUUUCCUUUACAGAAAUCAAAAGACUCCCAAAUUCUAUUGGCAAGCUGUAUAACCUACAGACAUUAAGAGCAACAUACUGCGGUCUUGAAGAAUUUCCAAAAGACGUGCAAAACUUGAUCAACUUGAGAUAUGUUUAUUGUGACGAGGGAACGAAAUUUCCAGUUGGGGUAUUGGGGAGAUUAACUAGCCUUCGAAAAUUACCUUGCUCUUAUGAGGAUUAUAAGGUAAUGGGUAGGGAAAUUGAGGAGCUGGCUGUCUUGAAUCAAUUGAAGGGUAAAUUGAUUAUUUGUAAUUUGGAACAUGUAAGGAAUGGAGAUGAGGCAAGGAAAGCUAAAUUAAAGGACAAGAAAAACGUAUGCCACUUUUUAUUUAAAUGGACGAAAAAUAGGUCAACAACCAAUAAUAAUGAAGAGGAUGUACUAGAAGGCCUCCAGCCGCAUUCUGAGUUGGAAAGGCUAGAGAUUCGAUAUUUCAUGGGUACUGAAUUUCCAUCAUGGAUGAUUAAGCUUGACAAUUUAAAGCAGAUUAGGCUUAAGGGUUGCAAUAGAUGUGAAAAAGUCCCAACACUCGGCCAUCUACCUCAUCUUACAGUUGUUUGGAUUGGAGGAAUGGAUAAUCUAAAAUGUGUUGGAGAAGAGAUUUAUGGAAAUGACGUAUUUCCAGCACUGAAAGAAUUAUGCAUUCGUAAUUGCAAGGAGCUAAUUGAAUGGAUGGAAGCACCAAAACAAGUCAUGGUGUUUCCUUGCCUGGAGAAGCUGGAUAUCGAGAAUUGUAUCAAACUGAGAAAGGUUCCUAGUCACUUUCCAUCUCUGAAGAAUUUGAUGAUAGAAGGUAAUGAGGAGCUUACAUGUGUGCCAGAAGGGAUGUUGUUGAAGACAGAAGGUAUGGAGAUAAUGGAUUGUGAAAAAUUAACUUGUAUUGCCCCCGAUGUCUUUCGUUGUUGUGCAUCUCUUCGAAACUUGGUUGUAGAGAAUUGCCCUAGUUUACAAUCUAUUCCAGCUUUAAACCUUUUCACGUCCCUCCGUGAAUUGAGUGUUAAAAAUUGUGAGAGAUUAAAAAGUUUGGUGAGUAGUGGGCCUGUCUCUAUUGUGGAGUUGAGUAUAAUUAAAUGUAGUGGUAUACAAUCUAUUCCAGCUUUAAACCUCUUCACAUCCCUCCGUGAAUUGAGCAUUGAAUAUUGUCGGAGAUUUGAAAGUUUGGUGAGUAGUGGGCCCGUCUCUAUUGUAAAGUUGAGUAUAAUUAAAUGCUGGCGUCUCCGAUCUAUUCCAACUUUAAACGUCUUCACAUCUCUUCGUGAAUUGAGCAUUGAAUAUUGUCAGAGAUUAGAAAGUUUGGCGAGUAGUGGGCCUAUUUCUGUUGUGGAGUUGUUGCGUAUAAGAGUUUGUAGUGGUCUACAAUCUAUUCCAGCUUUAAACCUAUUCAUAUCCCUCCGUGAAUUGAGCAUUGAAUAUUGUGGGAGAUUAGAAAGUUUGGUGAGUAGUGGGCCCGUCUCUAUUGUGGAGUUGUUGCGUAUAAGAGUUUGUAGUGGUCUACAAUCUAUUCCAGCUUUAAACCUCUUUACAUCCCUCCGUGAAUUGAGCAUUGAAAAUUGUGAGAGAUUAGAAAGUUUGGUGAGUAGUGGGCCCAUCUCUGUUGUGGAGUUGAGUAUAAUUAAAUGUAUUGGUCUACAAUUUAUUCCACCUUUAAACCUCUUCACAUCUCUCCAUAAAUUGAGCAUUGAAUAUUGUCGAAGAUUAGAAAAUUUGGUGAGUAGUGGGUCCGUCUCUGUUGUGGAGUUGAGUAUUAUUAAAUGUAGUGGUCUACAAUUUAUUCCACCUUUAAAUUUCUUCACAUCCCUCCAUGAAUUGAGCAUUGAAUAUUGUCGAGGAGUAAGAAAUUUGGGGAGUAAUGAGCCCGUCUCUAUUGUGAAGUUGAAUAUAAUUAAAUGUUGGCGUCUUCGAUCCAUUCCAGCUUUAAACCUCUUCCUUGUGGAGUUGAAAAUAAGAGAUGCCCCUAAUUUAGAGAGUCUUCCAAGUUUAGACGACUUCACAUCUCUCUCUGAGUUGGUGAUUGUUAAUUGUGGGAAAUUAAAAUAUCUGCCUUCCCUGAUUUCCACCAGUUUGAAGACAUUGGAACUUGGCGGGUUCUGGAAGGAGCUCGAUUCCUUCCCUGAUUUCCAUCUUGGAACUGGAUCAUCAAAACUUCAAAAAUUAGAGUUGAACGGGUGGCCCAAGCUCAAGUCUCUGCCUCACCAAAUUCAACACUUCACUUCUCUGACAUAUUUGUGGAUAGAGUGUUUCGAUGGAGUGGAGGCUCUUGAGGAUUGGUUGGGUAACCUUACAUCCCUUGGGACGCUAGAGGUUUGGAGAUGCAAGAAAUUGAUGUAUCUACCUAGUGUCACAGCUAUGCAACGCCUCACCAAAUUACAAACCCUAGAAUUUUGGGAAUGUCCCCUUCUGAAGGAAAGAUGCACCAAGGACAGCGGCCCAGAAUGGCCCAAGAUUUCUCACAUUCCACAUAUCAAAAUUCGAUGACUAGACAGAAGACAAAUUGACUCUAUGCGUACAAUGAAUUCCUAAGAACUCCAACUUUGACAGUGAAGAAAUGUACCCUUUCGUUUCAAGGCAAUGCUUCUCGGUAUUUGUGGAUUCUUUAUCUCCACUUGGUUAGAGGGACUGAGGGGCCAUCUCUGUUGCUCCAUGUAAUUGAUGCAAACAUGCAGGACUUUUCACAUUUUUUAGCAUAUUCAUCAUCUCCAAGGACAAAAAAUGAAGUGGAGCGGAGUUCCUUUUUUUAGCAUAACCGUUGACAAAUAUUUACGGCUUAAGCAUUAGUUUCAGUACCAACAUUCUUCCGACAUACCCUGUUCUUUAAGGCCAGGAUGUGCGUAUAACCUUUGUUGGUUGGCAUGUCAACCCAUUUCUUGUCUGUAAUUGAUAUAACCUUUUGUUGCAAUUUAUAGAUGAUAGUUGCAAGCUUUGUACUAUGAUGAUAUGUUGAAAGUUGGAAUUUCUUCUAUAUAUUUUUUCCUAAGUUGUUUUGGUGUUA